AUGCAUAAAUCGUUGAGACAAUUGAAGAGUUUAUAUGACAAUAAGCGAGCGUCAAUUAUGUGGCGUUCAGCCGAACGAUCGCCACAUUUGCAUCACUUCCGCAUCUGUCCGAUGAGAGAAGCAAUUAAACUGAGAAACACGAGUUUGUCGAGUAGUCUCAACUCAUCCAAUAGUGACAGCUAUUCCCGAAUACCCGUAUUAAGUCAGUCCACACGGUUUCCCUUUCACGCCAUUCCCAUCCACUCUCACGCGUCUAAUAAGAGUCGGAUUGUUAUUUAA